GGAUAUAUCCCCAUGCAUGUAAUACCCUUUCUCCAUGACCUACAGCCCGAUGGUCAGGCUUAUGAUGACCAUCAAUACCAGGUUUAUCAAUGAUAGACCGUACUUUUAAACUGACAAUAAGUCCAACGUUAUUCACUUCUAAAAGUAUCAACUAUGAAUACAUGUACCAUAACAAUUCUCCGAUUGUUCUACAUGAAAAUGGCGAGUUUUCAACAGAUUUCAUAUAGUUUUCGUUGGAGCGUGUCACUCUUGUCCUUUCGAUCGUGUGUAGGCGUGUAUAGGCAUAACUGUCACUGAAACGUAUUCGCCAUCACGAAUAUCCUGCGGAAUAUAAGUGCAGAAUAACCGACGUCGUGUCUGGCACAUAAGCAAGCAUGCCCAAGGUUCCCCGAGGAUUUACUCUUGACGUCCAGGCGCUCGGGAAGAAUUGUCGCUCAGGAAUCACCCGUGUUAACCCGAGUAUUAAGCCGCGUUUCCGUUAUCGCAUUUUAGUCCGUUUUGCGUCCGGCAGUGUGUUGUAAGGUCUGUGUGUUUAGGGCUAAACAAAAUACUUCCACAAAACGGGCUUAAAUGAGAUCAUGGAAACGCAGUUAUAAUACGCUCGGACAAGAGCAGAAUAAUUUUGGACAAACUGUUCCGCACGGCUACACGAGAACAGCGACACGAGGCAGGCCAUAGAUCGGUGAAGGUUCUUGCCAAACCAUCACCAGUGACCGUUUCCAUCCUUGAGGAGUCAGUUUAGAGUGAGCUUCCUGUAUCAUCUUUGAGUGGGAAAUAAUGACGACGGUUAGUCCGAGUUACCGAGAAGGAGGCUGGGGCUGGGCGGUCGUUCUGGCCUUCUUCAUGCUACAGUUCGUCUUUUUCGGCAUCCUGAAAGCUCUUGGAGUUCUGAUCACUUCUAUGAAGGAGGAUUUCGGUACGAAAUUGUGGGUCGUCGGCUCCAUAGCCUCGCUACACUAUGCAGUACAGUUUAUCCUAUCACCCCUUGCCGCUGCUCUGGCACGCCACUUUAGCGGUCGCAUCUUGAUUCUUGUUGGCGGUACAUUCUACGGAGUUGGUCUGGUGGUGUCUGCUUUAACGCACAGUGUCGCCAUCUUGGCUCUUGCCCUUGUUGUUAUCGCUGGAAUAGGGGUCACGUUUGUGAUGGAGAUCACCCAUGCCGAACUUGCUUUUUACUUCCGGGAGAAGUAUCCUUUAGCAAUUUUCAUCGCGCUUACCGGAUCUCCAGUCGGUAUUAUGCUAUACGGUCCAAUAACCCAAGUUCUCGUAGAUACGUACGGAUGGCGAGGAGCAAUGCUUCUCCUCGGUGGCGUUGGUUUCCAUCUUGUUGUAGGAGGAAUGUUGAUACGAAGGCCGCCGAUUUCAUACCAAGCGGUACCCGAUCACGAGGAGCAACUCACAAUUGAUAGUAUCAACUCUCCUGGUAAAUCCAAGGAGGAAGUCAAACCGAAUAAGUCCAAGAUAUCCAACCUCUGGAAUUCAGUUUUCUCUGUACUGUGUCUCGAGGUUUUCGUGAGUGCUGAAUUCAUUAUUGUAGCAACUAUGAGAAUGUUGUACAAUAUUGGCUACGGUGGUGUGGUUGUCUACAUAGUACCUAAUGGUCUGGCGCUUGGUCUAAGCACCAGGGAGGCAUCAUUCCUGACUACAGCUUGGGGGGUUGGGAACCUGGUUGGACUGGUUCUGUGUGCUCUGGCUUUGCAUGUGAAGUGGAUAUCGGUCCGUAGCGCUGAAGGAAUAGCUGUGAGCGUAACUGCAGUAGGACUCGCCCUGGAACCCUUCGUGUUUCCAUUCGUGGGUCAGAUUCUCACUACCUUUGUCGUGGGAUCCGGAAUGGGUUGCGCCAUUGAGGGGAUAUUUGUCAUGACGAGGUGUCUACCUUUUGGUGACGACAAAUUUGUCAGUGUGUUGGGCUGGCAAACGUUUCUGAGUGGAGUAGCAGCUGCCAUUGGAGAUACUGUAUCAGGUUGGCUUUCUGAUGCGACUGGGAGUUUCCACGCAACAUUCUUCCUAUAUAGUGCUACCAUGGCAGCGAUAUUAUUGUGUCUUCUUGUGGAUGCCAUUCGCAUCUCUUCCACUACCGAAUCUUCCAAGCAACGUGGGCCUGCGGUUCUAAUGCCUUCACUCUUUAAGAGAGACUCAAGUACAAGCUUCGGAAGGAUGCUGAUUCAACCGAAUACUAAUGAAGCACAAUGAUUACACAGUUUUCAUCAGAACAGUUAAAUUGUAGUCCAGUUAGCAUUACAGAAUUAAGCUUUCGGGGUUACACUGGGAUAAUUCACAUUAAUUUUUAUGUAUGCAUGCACUAAUUUUAAGUUGUAACACCAACACUAAUAUGUAAUCUACUAUUAAACAGACCAAGCUACCACCUAUUAAAACUUGUUAUUUUACAAUUUUUGUCCCAUUUUAGGGUAUUUUUUUCUUACACGGAUCUCAAAUAUUUCUUUGACCUUGAAUUGAUUCAGUAAGCGGUAAGUCAUGUUAAACCGGGACAGGCUUGAUAUUAAUCAGAAAGUCGUCUACUUUUGUAAAAUGACCAGGCAGGAAAAAUGGGGUAAAUAUUAGACCUUUGUUUACUCCCUCGACGAAAAGAGCUCUUACUUUUGUACCAGUCCGUAAUUAAUUCAGAUGGAUAGUCACUAAAAACAAUGACCUGGGUAAGGUGAAGUUACCAAAUGAAAUGAGACAGUAUGAAACAACAUGUUCAUUACGGACUGUAUAGCCAUAUGAACCCUAUUCAACUAGGAAAUUAAGAGUCCUGGAGUGAAAUACAAAGAUAAUACAAUGUAUACUCCCGAUCCCGAACAAUGAUGCUGGUAAUAUACCUCUUAUAGUAAGUUUGGCUCAAUAUCUGGAGAACAAUUGAAACACAUGUGCACAUGCUAACACACGUGUGUUGGUGUUUUCAUGCAUAUAUGAAUUAAUUUAUAUCCGAUAUUAUUUGGACAAUCACCAGUGGCGGAUGUAGCCGUUUUCCUCCCGAAAUCCCUGUAUUUUUCCUGCAUAUUCUCGAUUUAUCAUUUUUCGAGGGGGCAGGGACAUUCACCAACCCAUUGACUUCG